CUAAUGGAUACGGACUACUUUAUUUUAUUUUACGCAUCGUCUUCUUCAAGAUAAAGCUUGUCGGGUCAACCCUGAAACCAGACUAUUCCAGCACUCAACCUGCGCUUUCUGGACUCGAUCAUCUUCUUCAGUCAAUCUCCGUCGUCGUCUUCCAUGUCUGCUCCUCUCCCCUAUUUCCACGCCCUCACCUUCUGCGGGGUCCUAUCCGAAUCCAAGCGCAUCGUCAAUGCUCACUCCCGCCAUUUUCUAGCCCUCUCCGUCUUCUUCCUCCUGCCCCUCUCUUUCUCCCUCAUCGUCUACCCCACUCUCCACGACGCCCUCUAUCAUCCGGGCUCCAUCUCCUUCUACACCAGCAAAUUCCUCGUGUCCGACCCGACCCGGAAACACACCGAUGGAGAAGCUCGGUUCUUUAUCCUACCUCUGGUCUACGUCCUCUUUGUUUUCCUUACCCACCUGUUCGCAGUGUCCACGGUCUCCUACAGCACAUUCCACGGCUUUUAUGGUAGACCAGUGAAGCUAAUUUCUUCUUUCAAGUCACUUUUGUACUCUUUCUUACCCAUGAUUUCGACCAUCAUAGUUUCAAAACUCAUCCUUUGUUCGAUUGUUUUGCUCUUUGGUCUUUUUGGGUUCUCUGUAUUGAAAGGCCUUGAAUUGCUAGGAGUUGGAGUUGAUUAUGACUCCAAUUACUUCUACGCGGUGGCGAUUCUCUACGCUGUAGUGGUUGGAUAUGUCUUGUUAUCUCUUCAUGUUAAUUGGAUACUUGCUCCAGUGGCUGCAGUGGUUGAAUCCAGAUGGGGGUACGGGCCAUUAAGGAGAAGUUCAGAUUUGGUGAAGGGAAUGAGAGGGAUAGCAUUUUCAAUAUUGCUAUUUUUCAACCUCCUUAUCGUAUUGCUGGUGGCCAGCUGCUCUACUUUCUUGCUCCAGGUGGGGGUAGCCGGUGGACGGUGGAGUUGGGCAGUUAUUUUGCAGAUGGUGAUCAGUUCUGGCCUUGCUACUGUCCUUAUGUUGCAGAGCAUUGCUGCAAUUGUGGUUCUGUUUAUGUACUGCAAAGCAUUGCAUGGGGAGCUUCCCUUUGAGAUUGCAGAGGAGUUUGCUGGUGACUAUGUGAGUUUGCCUUUUGAUGAGGAGAAGCUUCCCUAUGUUGUUUAUGUUGCAUGAGGUGAGCAUGCAUUUCUUCCCAUAAUGUCAGCUUGUUUUAUAUGAUGUGGGAAUGUUUUUUCUAUGUAAUAUGUUAUGUCAUUUGAAAAGGUACUCUAAAACAUGUUGAGAACACGCAAGUAAUACUAUCUCCAGAUAGAGUUGUGUAUUAAUAGAAAAGUUAAGGGUUGUGAUAACUAAUAAGGCUAUAUUGGAGUACACGUCUUCUGUACAUCGUAUGGGAUUAUUUUGUUGCUGUUUCUAUUAUAGAAAGCAUGCUUUUGGUUGAUCUAUGAUCUCCAUCUUCCCCAAUGAUAGCUGAUUACCC